GGAGCGUUUUACAUACAGCGGAUUGUUUCAACUGCAACUAUUUCUCUUACUCCGACCAUGGAUCAUACAGAGAAUGCUGCUUUCGUUAACGAAAUAUUGACUACUCGUGAGGAUGGCAUGCCAACGUUUCAGGUAAAUCGUCUGCAAGCGUCUGUACACACUUGAUCAUCGGGACGGCCCUUCCAGUGGAAUAUACAAUAUCCUGAGAGCCUUCGCCAAGAAUUGCUCGCGCAAGGAAUGACAGAGGAUGAGUGGGACGAAACGCAACAAAAUGCGAACAGGGUUCUGAAUGUGCCGGCAGUAACCAAUCUCUUUAGCGGUUUAAUGUCGAUAUCGGAUGAGCAAGCAAUAUCUAUUCGGUUUGCUUUGAUGGAGGACGAAGAAGGGGACGAAGAAGAAAACGAGGGGGAUGAGAACGAGGAGUUCACAUUAGAAUCCCCUCAUCGAACUGAUACGCCCGAUACUGUCCAAGAAGUACCCCUCACGAGAUCACAAAGCAGCGAAAACUCGCCAGCGUCGAGGAGCUCUUCUUUUAAUCUCCCAGGCCCAUCGAGCACUUCACAAGAACUCGUCGACGACGAUGCUCAUAUUGAUGUUCUUAUUUAUGGCAUUGCUGUAGCUCAAGGAGCGCUUAGGGACCUGAAGCAUGCCACGUUGGACGAAUCCCAAUGGUCCAACUUUAUAGAAAACUGUGAUGCCGUCGACAAUCAGGUCACAGCACGUUUGACAAGGGGUUUGGCGCCUUUGUACUUGUCCUUCGCCUCUCUCUACACUAUGGCACUGUACAGACAUUCAGAGGCAUCUGACUCCCACCGCAGUACCGAUCUAGAUCGCCUUGUCGAUUUCGGCGAAUCUGCAAUUUAUGCUGUAGAGCGGUGUUCUCCAGCAGUUCCGGAUAUAGCUGUCAUCCAUCACAAUGUAGGAAACGGAUAUUAUCGACGGAGCCUUACUAUCAGCGGCGACGAUAUCGAACUUGCCAUUGGGCACUUCGAUCUUGCUAUCGCUAUUGGGAGUACGGCCCCAGGUCGUAUGGCGAUGUUCCUGACAUGCUCUGCCCGCGCACUCGCAAGCAGAUACGAAUCAUCCCAUAACUUUGAGGACCUGCAAUCUGCUAUCGACAAGAAUGAACAAGCGCUCUCUCUUCUAUCUUCAGAUGAUCCCACCUUGAACAGCACUCGUGCCAUCUGUCUUAUCAAUGGAGGGAAUCUGCUCAUCCACCGAUACGACAUUUCCUUGGAGCGCGAUAUCGCAUACUUAAAGAAGGCGAUUUCGUAUCUUCAGGAAACGCUUCAAUUGUGCGAACAGGAGAAUUCUGACACUUCACGUUCUCUGCAAGCUCUCGGACACGCUAAACUCAGAUAUUUCUUCAGGACUCUGAGCCCGCCGAGUCUUGCGGGGGCAGUUGAUUGCUUCGAAAAAGCCAGCUUUUGUAACGAAGGCCACAUUUCAUUUCCCUUGAUCGCCCACAACCUUGCGCUUGGACAUGCCUUUUCCUAUUUCUUCUCGCCAAAGUCGGGAUCACACCAAGGUGACGCUGAUCUUGCUAAAGCCAUCAUGUGGAUAGAGAAGGCUUUGAAGCACCGUCCCUUCCCACACGCACAUCGCCCGUCGUCUCUACUCAUUUACAAUUGGUGCUUACUUGAAAUUCUGAAAACCCUUUCCCUGUUUCAGGAGUCCCACUUGCAGAAACUCGAUACAAAUUUGCAGGAGCUUGAGAGAGGUGACACUGCGGUAGUGGUGACCGCGCUGAAACACAGAGCGUCUCUCGCAACGUGGCGGUACAGCGAGACAAAGGAUCACAAACACCUUGUCGAUUCCCUACAGUACAGCGAAGCUGCCAUGAAGACCACGCAGGAAUUCAGCCAUGGGCAAUACCCUUCUUUUCCUCUCGAUAUAUGCGAAGUAGCCAUGAUGCGUUUGCGGGUCUUGAAGCUGAAGAGCAGUGUAGAUGAAGAUGUGACGGUCAAGGGACAAAUCAACCAAGCCUUUGAAUCGUUCGAGCGGGCGUCCAGCAUGUCUGCAUCCACCUGUGACAUCAUGGACCAGCUCUCGAUUGCUUCCAUUUGGGUUUCGCAGGCUUUGGAGAUGAAGCAUCGUUCCGUGGCUUUGGCCUAUCCUGUAUUAUUGCGCAUUCUUCGUGGCUGCAUAAACCUUAACCCAGCAAUCGAGAUCAAAUACGCCAUAGCUGGGAUCCUUAAACCUAUAUCUCCCGCUGAUGUCGCCGCCGCUAUGAUGGGAUUGGGAUCCAGCGCUUCGAACCUCGCCCGGGCCGUCGAAUUCCUUGAAUACGGAAGGCAUAUUACCCUUUCCCACAUCCAUGCAUUGCGGCACGUCGAAGAAAAGGUUCAUAAUCUGGAAAACGUGGACUCGGAGGCUGUGAUUCGUUUUGAGGCUGUCUGCAAGCAACUAGACCGCAACAUUCACGGGCUGUUCUUGUCUAGUGGCUGGAAGUGGACCUCGGCGUUUGUUCCUGGCGAGACCAUGGACUUGAAGACUCCGCUGGUAUGGGAAGAUUUUCUUCAGAGUCACAGUAAUGUUAUGCAGGAAAGGGAAGAGGCGUCUGCGCAGCUUCUGAGCGAAGACGUUCCUGCCACAUCACGCAUCGAUCCUUUACCCUCUUAUGCCGAUCUCAAACAGGCAGCAAACGGCGGGGCCAUCGUCAUAUUCAAUUUCAGUAAAUAUGGGUGCGACGCUCUCAUCAUUGUCGGCGUGCGAGAGUCACCCGUCCGAGUCUCGCUGGGAGGAGAGAAAGAGUAUCAGUAUUUCGUAUCGCUUGCUAGUGCACUUGAGAGCUUUGUGAAACUCGACGACACAGUCGAAUCAGACAGGAAGCUUCAGAAAGUCUUGAAGGCGCUGUGGAGGAAAGCCGUCGAACCUGUUACUAAGGAGUUGAACGAGCUGGGCGUUCAAAUUGGGUCGCGAUUAUGGUUAUUACCCACUGGUCUGGCGCGCCUCUUCCCCUUGCACGCCGCUGACCCUUAUAAAAGCAAGGGAUUCGACCCUUCAGAUCUCUCGUCUUUAUACACGGUCUCCUACAUCUCGACCCUUGGCACGCUAUCGAUGGCAAAGGCGUCGCGCACCCUAGCACGGCGUGAUGAGCCUCCCAAAAUUUUGUUCAUUGCUGAUGACGGCGAAGGAAAUCCAGCAGUCGAAGGACUGCCCCACGUGAAAAGCGAAAAAGAGAUGAUCGCGAAAGAGUUUGGAGACCGAGCCACCUGCCUCUUCAGGGAGCAAGCGACGCUUGACGCUGUGCUGGCGAACCUGCCCUCACAUCCGUGGGUCCAAUUCGGUUGUCACGGCACCUUUGAUCCAGAAAGACCUUUUCAAUCAUGUUUCAUCCUCAAUGGGCAGAGUCUCACUCUACCAGCGAUCAUGCGUUCUCGUUCGUUUAAAGGAGAGUUUGCGUUUUAUUCCGCUUGUAAUACGGCAAGUCCACAGGAUCCGACGUCCGGUGAAGUUGUCAAUCUUGCUUCAGCGAUGGAGAUUUGUGGUUUCCGAAGCGUGGUUGGGACUAUGUACCCCAUUUACGACGAUUUCGCUGCCGACGUUUGUCGGGAAUUCUACAGGAGUGCCAGGUCCAGAGGCUGGACAGAUGUUGCAUACAGUCUAAAGGACAGCAUCUUGGAGCUGAGGAGGAGAAUGUGGGUGGAGACGAGGGAAUUGGGUAUUCGCAAGUGGAUUGCGUAUAUUCACAUUGGUAUCUAGCCAGUCACUCGAUUGAGGCUAAGUUAGGUAGAGCAGUGCAAAGACGAUGAUUUCAUUGGGCUCUAAAUAGGCAUGCAUAUUGAUUGUAUGUUCGUUGCGAACCGCAGACACGAUGUGAUUUGGUUCAAUUUUAGCUUGUGAC